ACUGCAUGCUGUAAAUACACUUAGUGAAUGAAACUGGGAAGAUAAGCUGUUUGAUAAAACUGAGACUGUUAUUUAUCACUUUUUCAAAUAUAUAUAUUUUUUUCUAGUGAAUUAAGUAUCUUGCCUACAAAUCUUUGCAAUAAAUUAUGCAUCUUACCUUUUUUUUAUUGACAAGAAGUCAAAAAGUGAAACCUGGAGAAGAAAUUACAGCAACAGGUGACCAGAGGUGACUUUGCCCACCAGGGAUGUGGUACCCAUAAAUAAGCUUUACCCUGAGAAUCUGCAUUGUCUCAGAGAUAUGAACUAUUACUAUGGGCGUAACUUCUCUGAACCAUAUUAUCCCAACAUGUCCGUUUCUGGCUACCCCUACUAUUGGAGAUCAGCGAACACUGGAGGAACAGACGACGGUCAUUUUUUACCUCCCAUUCAUCUACACAAUUACACUAGUCGACCUUAUACCCUGGUUAAAGAAGAUUGGGACAUGUACUCUGAAGGAGGCAGGGCUGUAGAGUACCAUCACUUCUAUGGAAUCAACCCCUUGUCCUUAAUGAAUCUUUACUGGUACUAUCAACAGGCUUACAUGUACCCUCAAAAUUACUCCAUGUACCGUAAAAUGACUCCUGAGCCCCCAAAUAAUGGCGCUUGGCCAGAGGGUUUUACCAUGAAAGGAGAACUUCGCUGGGGAAAACUGGAAAGAAUUUAUGGGCCCCGUAAAGAAGUGCCAGAAUUUGUGAAGGAUGACCUGCGGAGGGUGUAUGGGACCUACCCCAAGACCGAUGUUUCCAUCACCUACCAAGGAGGGGAGUUUCUGGUCAAGGGAGAUCCUAGAGUUGGAGAACAAGAGUACAAGGUGGAGAAGAAAGUCAUUCGGCAGGCAGCCUCCCCAGAGGGGGAUAGCGUGAGUGAAAUUGUAGAGAAAAGAAAGAAGAAGAAAAACAAGCGUUAGUGUGGCGUGAAGGAUAAGAAGCCAGGAGGGUACCCAGCUGUAUUUCUGGAUGCUUCCAUUUGAAUCAUUCAAAAAGCGUGCCUAUAGUUCUAAAACUGUCAAUCAGAGGAACGAAAGAAUAGGAAGACUACAAAAAGAAAAGAAGUGCUACACGAAUUCCUCAUGUGCCAAAUAAAGUGGGAGCACAUUUUCAUUGAUUCAUUCAUUUUUUUCAAGACUUGUGUUGUAUUGCCAUGACUAUGAACACUUGACAGCUUUAUAAUCUGAACCCCGGACAAGUAUGACAUCAUUUACAAUAGUUGUUUUUGCAUUGUUCAGCUGAACAUUGUGGCCUGCAGGGGGUGUUCCUGCCGCCCAAACCUGACACAGACAGACGCAGGACACAAGUUCACACUUUAAAUUUUUUUUCUGUUUCUCACAUGGGAAGCACCUUCUCCAUUUCCAAAGUGUACAGUGCAGUUUAGCACUACACAAAAGCACAAAACUUUCUUUCUUGCUCCCUUGUCUCUUCGUUUUUUCGCCUUCACUCUUCCUGGCAAGCUUCAUCCUCUUCCUGACGACUCUGGCUCUCGGUGUAGUGGCUGCUGGCUCCUUUUAAGUGCUCCAGGUGCUCGUUGGUCUGUUUCCGUCAGCACUUCUGGUUGUGGCUGAAGUGCUGCAAUCAGGGGCUCAGCAGCAGCUACAGCACCCCAUGGCGGUGCCCACGAAACCCAACAGGGCCGCAUCAAACUCCAGCUCCCAUGGAGCCCUGCAGGAGUACAAGGCACCGCUCCAACCCAGGGGUUCUGCCACCUAGCGCUCCUUAAUGCACUGGAUAUGCUCCCUCCCUGGUCCUUCCAGCGUAGAGGCGUAUGCCACAACGUACUGAUACAAAUUAGUUGUAAAUUUAAUCGAGUUACACAAGUUAGAGUCACAAGGAGCUGGUGUCUACCCUAGCAGCACUAGGAUAAAUUUAGCAUACACAUAGGGAGACUGCCAGAGUACAGUUAUAUCACUGAAAUGUAUUCCUGUGGGACAACUCGGGUUCAAAAGACAGCCUGUGGGCCUAACUUUAACUUUACAAAGCAUGUUUACCAUCAAACCCCAAAGCUCUGAUCUCCCUGUCACCUUCUGCCUUUUCUCUGCCUGUCAUCUGCGUGUUCCUGACUUUCCUACUGGCUAUAAAUUCACUGUCGGCUAAUCGGCUAGUGUCAGUGUUCAACCUAAAUUGGCAGUAUUGUAUUUCAUAGGUAUAUUAUGGGGUGUAUUGUCAGCCAUCAUCCCGUUAGUAUUGGUGUCCAGGGCCAGCGCUGCCAUUAAGACGAAUUAUGCAGAUCAUAAGGGGGGACCCAGCCACACGGGUUAGCUACCGAACAGUUAGUUGGUGCACUAAUAAGCUUGGCCUUGGGCACAAAAUAACCAAGCACUGGCACUGUUGGUAUCGCUCACCUGCUGUGCCCGGAAGCCACGAUAAACUUAUUACAUACUGAGCUCCGUGACACAUAAGCCUUCUGUAACACGUCUUGACUUUUACAGGCUCCUGGCUCAAAGCUUCAUUUUUAUUUGUCAAUGUUUUUCACUAAAUCUGAACUUUUAAUUUUUAUACAAUAUUAAAUAGCCAUUCUUUAUUUAGCAUCUUGUGUAAUUUAUCUUGUUUGCUUUCCUGCAAAUGAAAAUUGGAUUGUAUUUAAAAUGAGGCGGCAGCAGUCAUGUGACACACAGCCCUUCAUACUUUAUUGCUUGUUUUCGAAUUGGUUACAUUUGUCUGAAAGUGGAGGAUUCCAGGAGUUUAAUCUGUAUUCUGAACAAGAACAUCUGCUUCGUUUGGAGAGACUAUGGUGCUAAAAAUAUAAUCUUUGAAAGUGUAUGAAUAUAUUAGAAGAAAAGCCAAAACAUCAGCUAACUUCAAUCCAGUUCAAUGUAUUCUAAAAAAAUGCAUUCAGAUUACGCACAUUGGCAAUUGUAUCAUUGCAAUAGAAAGGGAAGAGUAAGUCUGGGGAUUGCGAGAAUGAAUGCGCACUGGCACUUAUUUACAAGCCAACACUGAAAUUAUUAAGAACACAGUAGUGUCCGUGAGGGUCACUGUGAGAGGACAGAGGAGGUCAGAUGUGGUCAGGGAGAGCUGAGGUCAACGGGAGAAAGACAAACCAAGUGAACCAAACCAAAGGGCAAAGACAAAACAGAGCCAACACAAAAGGUCCUAACGCUCGGGUCAACUUGGGGAAGACGGCAACUGCUGCUGAAGCUUUCACGUCUUUAGAACAUCUGCCAAAGGGGUGCUAAAUCUACCCCACGUGGCCAUAUUUAUAUGGGAACUACUAGUGACGUCACUAAUUCCAGAGUAAAAUGUUAACAUGGCAUCAAGUACACAAAUAAAACAAGAGAGUAACGAAAAAACAACACCCUUACAAUGAAAAGAAUGUAAAAACUGGUGUCAAAAUGAUAUCCCCAAAUACAAAACCCCUGAUUCUCUAAGAAGGAGUAGAUUUAUAAGGCACUAGCUGUGUAAGCCUGUGACGUAAAAAGCCCGAGGUCUUCGAAACUAUUAAAAUCGUCAAAAAAAUUGAAAUGUAGAGAUGUCAGGUGAUUGAAAGUAACUUCUACCUAGGAGGAUUCCUUUUGCUGAUGUGCUCGGGGCACUUGUGUAUUAGCGGCUAAGCAACAGUCUUUCUUCGGAGGUUUCGUUUUGCC